UGUGAGAUAUGAACGUGCAAGGAAACUAAGAGGGGAGGAUGGUGGGUGGGUGAAGAAAAAUUAAAGAAAGGUGAGAAAGAGAAGCUGUAUGCCUUGUUUGAUUGUGAACAAAAAAAGAUGCGUGUAUGCCAAGUACAGACGUGAAUGUUUGCAAUUUCCUAUUUUUCUCGUUUCACCACUCGUUAUUUCUUCCUUCUCAAAGCAUUCGCCCUUCUUUUUCUCACCCUUUUCGAUUUUUUUCCGAGCAAAGAGCGAGAAGGAAGAAAUCCAACACCCCCCCCCCCCACCUUUAGCAAUAAAAAAAAUGGGAAAAUGCUCACUCAUACUCACGCAAAAAAAAGAGCAUCGGCCCUGCUUUUGUUUGUUUCUGCUUGUUUGCUCGCUUGGCACAAAUGGAUUGAGCUGGAUUGGAUUGAAUUCGAUUGGGCAGCCUGCUGUCACAAAGAAAGUGCAAUGCUGGGGGGUUUUGGAUUUGGAUCCUCUAUUCACUCGCUUUUUCCCUUUGUCUUUCUCUUUGCCCAGCUGGCAGUACAAAAAAAGAGUAAAAGGAAGCCGCAUUUUUCUUUCGCACCCCAAAAAAAGGAGAAAAAGAAAGAAGCCUUUUGACUCAACCAAAUGCAAUACAAAAAAGGGCAAUUUAUG